GAGAGAAAUUGACAAAAUAUCCAAAGCAAUUAGCAAUCUGAGUGCAAAACGUUUUUUUAUCUAAGCGAAAAUUUUAGUAAUGCCAUAAAAUUCGUUGGGCGCGUUAGUCGUGCGUUGUUGUGUAUAACCAACUGAUAUGAUAAAAUGAGUGUGAUGCGACGAUGAGCCAUUCGUAUGUGUUUCUUUCUAUGUGGUGUACAAAUAUUAGAGCUCGCGAGCUGCUAAUUAAAUUAUAAACAUACAGAAGCGAAAAGAGACAGGAGACGAGAGUCGUGAGACAAGAGCCAAAGCCAAAGCCAAACCCACGACCCCAAACUAGGCAGCGCUGCUUUGGCCCAUUUCCAUUCGAACUACUGUGACAAAGAAGAAGAAGCACACAGAACAGAAGGAGAAGAAGCAGCUUUCACCAAAUUCAAAUCGAGUUUAAAACCUGGCUGGUUGCCACUGCGCUCCUUGCAGCAUGUAGAACAGAAGGCGCCACAACUACAAAAAAUUUCAUAAAUUCAAUUUGUGCAAGAAGCAACAGCAGAGAGCGAGAGAGAGAGAGAGUCAACCAAAAGUUGAACAAAGCCCCAAAAUGUCCUUUAUAACGAAUUUGAAGAAGGUCUUCCACCUGGGCGGGGGCGGCGAUGCCAAAAAGAAACGCCUGUACAACAACAUCAAAAUGGAAACGGAUCCGGCGGAAGUGUGGGAAAUGGUCGGUGAAUUGGGCGACGGCGCCUUCGGCAAGGUCUACAAGGCCCAGCACAAGGAGCACAGACGCUUUGCCGCUGCCAAAAUGUGCACGCUCGAAGAUGAGGAAAAUCUCAGCGAUCACAUGGUCGAAAUCGAUAUACUCUCGGAAAUUAAACAUCCGAAUAUUGUUGAACUGUACGAGGCAUUCUCGAUAGAUGACAAACUGUGGAUGCUUAUUGAAUAUUGUGACGGCGGCGCCUUGGACAGCAUUAUGGUGGAGCUGGAGAAGCCCCUAACCGAGCCACAAAUUGCCUAUGUGUGCAAGCAUAUGACUGAGGGCCUGACAUUUCUACACAAGAACAAGGUCAUACAUCGAGAUUUGAAGGCUGGCAAUGUGCUGCUCACCAUGGAGGGUGGCGUCAAGCUGGCUGAUUUCGGUGUGUCGGCCAAAAAUAAGCACACGAUGCAAAAGCACGACACGUUCAUCGGUACGCCCUAUUGGAUGGCACCCGAGCUGGUGCUGUGCGAAACGUUUCGCGAUAAUCCGUAUGAUCACAAGGUGGACAUUUGGUCCCUGGGCAUAACACUUAUUGAGCUGGCGCAAAUGGAGCCACCGAAUAGCGAAAUGUCGCCAAUGCGCGUCCUGCUCAAGAUACAAAAGAGCGAACCGCCCAAAUUGGAGCAGCCGAGCAGAUGGAGCAAGGAAUUCAACGAUUUUCUUAAAAAGUCUUUAGUCAAGGAUCCACAGCUGCGUCCGGCAACGGAAGUGUUGCUGCAACAUGGUUUUAUUAGCCGCAAUUUGGAUGCCAAACCCAUUAAGGAUCUGCUGCUCGAGUACAAGGCCGAGGUUGUCGAGGAGGUCGUCGAUGAUGAGGCUGAGGAACCCCGCAACUCGGCGCUCCAGCUCGACCUGGACGAUGAUUCUGCCUCGCUGCAGAGCCAAGACAUUGACAAACUUCCAGGUACACCUACAUCCAUAUCGCGGGAUUCCAAAGAGCAAUCCCAACCAAGUAGCAGUCUACCAACAACAGCAGCAGCAGUCGCAGCAGCAGCAGCACCAGCAGCAGCAACUACAAUUACAGCAACAACUAAAGCAACAACACCAGACAAACCAAACCAGAGCAAGCUACAGGACCAAGUGCCUGGAGGAGUGGUCGAAACAGCAGCGCCGCAUACCAAAGUGCCCGCACCAGCGCCGCCAUCGCCACAACAACAACAACAGCAGCAACAACAAUCGCCCCAAGCAGCUGCAGCUGUGCUACAAAAAUCAACUGAAGAUGUUGCCGAAACAAAUGAAAAGUCUGAUGCAGACAAAAAGCAGCACUUUGUCAAAAAGGAGAAGGGCAAAGCGCCACCACCGCCAUCAGCAGUUGCUGCUGCCUCAGCUGCCGCUGCCGCUGCCGUUGCUGCUGCUGCUGCCAGUGCUAAGCAGCCACAAACGGAUGUGGAGAGAGGAGCAUCGCCCAAGCGACAGCCGGAGCCGACAACAGCCAUUGAAGUGACCAUUGGCCAAGAUGCCAUGGAGUCCAAGCCGCAGCCCCCAUCGCCCACCGCCUCGUCCACAAUUUCGGUGCAUUCGGUGGCCUCCAGCAGUUCGGGCAGUGUUAUGGGCGCCAUUUUAAGCUCCAGCACAUCGCUGAUAACCAUCAAUAGCAGCGAUGCAUCGCCGUCUGCGCGUCAACAGCAAUCGGUGCCGCCGCCACCACCACCGCCGCCUGAACAGCACCUGGUGCUGCCGAAUAGCCUGGAGUCGGUUAGUCAAAUCACCGUUGUGACCAGCACGCAUCCGCCGGUGAUCAUCGAUAAUACGGCACAGAAUGAGGUCAUCAUUGUGUCGAAUGAUUUGAAUAAGAGCACACAUCUGCACGAGUCAUCCACCGAUGAUGACUUCCCCUCGCUGGACGAUAGCCUCGGGGAUCAGGUGAAGCAAUCAUCCAUGAUACUAAGCGUCAAUGAGCGUCAAGAUGGAGGAGGAUCAGCAGCUGCCGCCGCCGCCGCAGCAGCUGUUCAUGCACGCAAGCUGGACGAGAGCGAGGUACUGAUUGUGAGUCCCUCGUAUGCGGACGAUGAUUCGGCAUAUAAUACGGCAUCGGGCAGUCAUGAUCACAGUGAUCAGCUGAUGGACACCAGCCAUGUGUCUGUUGUGACAGUUGGCGACGAGGUCAUCCGGGUCAAGGAUAGCAGCAAUCAGCAGCCAAACAAGCGCCAACAGCAACAGUCGCAGCCGAAUGGCAUUGUGCCGGAGGAUGUUAAUAUUAUAGUGAAUCGCUUUAAACCCGGCCAGGAGCAUGAGAAACGCAUCUCACCGGACAGCAGCCUGGGCUCUGGGUCCAGCGAGAAUGGCUCGGUGCGCGGCAGACGGGGCGUUGAGGUGCAGAUAAUCAGCGGAGGCGGAGAUGCGGACAGCAUUGGCACCAACACUAGUCAGGACAGUCCCACCGAGGUGGACAACAAGCAGCAGCAGCAAUCCAUGAUGCCACCACCACCGCCAUCGGUGACAAACAAUCGUCUUGCGCUCGCCAUUGACGAGGAAGAGGAGGCAGCAGAUGUGGUGGUCAUUAGGACGAAACCCCGUGUGCCCGCCUCGGCCAAGUCGGCCGGGCUCACCAAGGAGGAGAUCGAGCUGCGCAAUCUGCGCAAGAAGACGCGCAAGCGUACGCGUAAAUUUGAAAUCGAUGGCGUACAAAUGACCACAACGACCAGUCGUGUGAUCUACGGGGAUGAGGAGAACGGGCGCAUCUAUGACGAUCAUGAUUUCCGUAAGCAGGAGCUGCGCGAACUGAAAAUGCUGCAGAAGCAGGAGAAGAAACAGCAGACGGAGUUGCAGCAGAAGGAGCAGAUGGCCAAGGAGCAGCAGGAUCGCCGCUUCGACCAGGAGCGCGUCUCGCUGGAGAAGACAUACGAAGCGGAUAUGGAUACGCUGGCGCGUCAGCACAAGCAGCUGAUCGAGAAGACCGAACAGACGCAGGAGAAUGAGUUGCGCAGCUCGUCGAAACGCAUUCGGUCCGAGCAGGAGCAGGAGCUGAAGAUAUUCCGCGAGAAUCUUAAGCAGGAGAUCCGUCUGCUCAAGCAGGAGGUCGAUCUGUUUCCCAAAGACAAGCGCAAGGAUGAGUUCAAGCAGCGGCGCACCGCCAUGGAACUGGACCACGAGGAGAAGGAGCGCUCAUUUCUCGAUUCGCUCAAGGAGCGACACGAGCUGUUGCUGCGUCGGCUCAGCGAGAAGCAUCGCGAUCAUUUGGCCACCAUCAAUCGCAAUUUCCUGCAGCAGAAACAGAAUGCGAUGCGCACGCGCGAGGCUCUGCUCUGGGAGCUGGAGGAGAAGCAGCUGCACGAACGCCAUCAAUUGUCCAAGCGGCAUGUGAAGGAGUUGUGCUUUAUGCAGCGCCACCAGAUGAUCAUUCGGCACGAGAAGGAGCUCGAUCAAGUCAAGCGCAUGCUGCAGCGCAAGGAGGAGGAUCUGCUCAAGAAGCAAACUCUCGAGAAGCGCGCCUUGCCCAAACGCAUUCGAGCCGAGCGCAAGGCACGUGACCUCAUGUUCCGCGAAUCGUUGCGCAUAUCCAUGAGCAUGGAUCCGGACAUGGAGCGUGAUCGCUUGAAGAAAUUCCAAGAGCAGGAGAAGAAACGCUAUAUGCAGGAAGAGCGUCGCUUCGAGGUCAAGCACCAGAAGCAAUUGGAGGAGCUGCGCGCCACACGUGAAAGCGCCAUUAGAGAACUCGAACAGCUGCAGAAUGAGAAGCGCAAGGCACUCGUGGAGCAUGAGCAUGCCAAGCUCUCGGAGAUCGAUGAGCGCCUCAAGGCCGAGCUGCGCGAUUGGCGCGAGCAGUUGGUGCCACGCAAACAGCGACUGAAUCUGCUGGUUAGCGCUGCUAUUGAUGAACAUGAGCGGCGACACGGUCUUGUCUCCAAUCGCAGCGAAUUCGAGGAUCUUGAUGUGGAGCUGCCCGUCCGUUUGCGUGGCAUCUUCAGUGAGCGCUCCGCGCGUUUCCUGCCACGCAACACAUUCAUCGAGUUGCAACAGGUGCCCAGGUCGCGUUCUUCGCUUCUGAUGCUUGGCGGCGUCGCUGGUCGAGCUAAUUUCCGUGGCUCGGCGCCCGAUCUGAGUCGCAGUGUGCCAAGCACUCCGAUCAUGCAUAAACAUCAACGGGCCCAGAUGCGCAGCGACCUGGUGCUGGAGGAGGAGGAUGACGAGAGGGAGCAGAGCUUGAAACGUGCCAGUGUUGCUGCCAUGCCGGCAGCAAGUGAACUGCGUUUGAUCAUCAAACAGCCGCCCAGCAAUGAGCUGGUCAAGGUGGUCACCAGCACCCCGCAGCUGAACAGCGCCGACGAGGCAAACAGCAAGCCAGCAAUGAGCACCUUCAAGCAGAGCAGCGCAACAACAACACCAACAACGCCACCGAAGACACCCGAUGAGCUGGGACUGGUGACGCAUCGCUUUGGUCGUCCCGCAGAUCCCGUGGAGCUGCGCAUACACGAGGGUCCCGUGCUGACGGCACGCACACAGCGCCUGCUGCACUCGACCUCGUUUGCCAUCAAGCGACCCUCGCUCGCCAGUCGCCACAGCAGCGGUCGCUCUUCGCUGAGCAGCGCCCAGUCCAUGUACAAUAUGCACGAGCUGAGCAGCUCGACGCGCUACUGCAGCGAUGCGGAGCUGAUAUUCGAUUCGGGAGUCAAGGCGGCCGCCUUGCUGGAUGAGGUGCAGCCGCAGCUGCGCUCCACGCUGAAGACGACCCCGAAUGGUGGCAGUGCUACCACAGAUGAUUUCUACCAAGAUUUGUACGCGGCUAAAUAUAGGCUGCCGCGCAUUACUCAGCGCCAGCUCAGCCUAGACGAGAAUAAUAAAGCCGCCUGAGCAGCUUCCUUUCAAAGUGCUUCCCCGCAUACUUAAAACAAGACAGAAAAAGAAAAGAGAAAAACAAAUACAAAAGCAAGAAUCAAAUGAAAACAAGAAACAAAUGCUUACUCUUCGCACUCGCCUCAUGUUAGCAGCGUCUCCUUAACACACACUCUUGACUCUAGCAUAAACUGCGCUUCAUAUCCUUCAUCCUUACUGCUUGCUUAUGGUGCUCUAGAACACAUAUCACUUGAACUAAUAAUCUAUCUUAACUCUCUUGCCCACUACUACUACUACUACUACUUCUAACUACAUCUGCUCCCUACUUUUUUCGAAACGCUGUAUAAUUGCCAUUAAAACAAUAAUUUGCCAAAGUUAUUUAUUAUUAAUUUUUUUUGUUGUUAACUGAAAAUAAUGAUAAUAAAUUGUUCGACUAUUUAUUAUGCCAGUUAUAACAUUGUUUAAGACCGCCCCCGCAACCGUUGCAUUCCAUUUUAGCAGUAUUACAAAAAACAAAGAAAAGUACUUAGCUACCAAGAAACAAAAAAAAAGAUGCAAAUAAAUCUAAAAAAUAAUAGUAAAAUAAUACUUAUCCGGAUGCCAAGCAUACUACACUUAACUACUAUAAUCCUACUAUAUAAAUGUCUAUGUAUACAUUGAUAUUCAUAUUCAUGAUGCUUCACUGUACACACACACACAUACUUCCACAUACACAUAAACACACACACUCACUCAAAAAACAAACAAAAUACAUCCACAACAACAAACAACGCGCUGCUUUUAAUAUAUUUAUACAAAAAA